ACGGCUCACUACAAAAUACAAAUAAACCUGAAAAUAACAAUACUCAACAAAACAAUCAACAAAAGAUGGGAUUUGGGGUAGUGUGCAUGACUAAUGACACAAACUUAAAACGAUACACAUGGAAGGGAAAGAUAGAGGGCCCUCCAUCCUCGACCCGAGCGGAACUGUGGGGAAUACUUUCAGUAUUAUGGAUUAUACCAAAUAAUACAGAAAUAAAAAUUUUUACAGAUAGUAAAUCCUCGAUUGACGCUAUAAGGGGGUACAUGGGAGAAAGAAAAGGAAAACACUGGAGCAACUAUAAAAAUCCAUUGAUUCUACAAACUAUAAAAGAAUUAACAUAUACAAAAAAACUAGACCUCAUACUAAUUAAAGUAGAAGCUCAUACAGGUAAUACAUAUAAUGAACAAGCAGAUAAAUUGGCAGGUGCGGGAGUUAAUUCGGAAUCAAUAUUUAAUAUAAAUCCAAAUUACAUUCGAGAUCAACAAUGUCAUUUUAAUUGGAAAGGAAUAAAUAUCGAUACAGAUAUAAAAUCAUUUGUAAAAAAGAAAGAUGAAAUAGAAUCACUAACAACAUGGUUCACCCAGCACCGAAUUAAUAAAUGGUUAAACAAAAAAAUCAUAGAAGAAACAAAUUGGAAAUGGUCAAUACAAUCAUGGCACGGUUCAAAAAUCACAUCAACAAAAACAAAUACAAAAGAAAGCAUCCUGAGAUCUUUUUCAUUGAAACUAUUAAAUGAAGAAUUACCAACAAUGGCAACUUUACAUACAAGAAAACCAGAUGUCUAUACCAAACCAGAAUGUCCAUUCCGUAAUAAAUAUAAAGAGACUAACACACACAUAUUUUUAUGCUCAGAAAAAGGAAAAAAUCUCAAAAUUACGUUCUGA